AUGUCAUCUGAAGAUAUUGAUGCUUCAAGUAUUAAUGAUUUUAAUCCAAAUCGUGCAUUGGGUUUUUGGCAUAUUCUUGCAACAAAUCUUAAUAUGUGGAAAGAUAAAUUAAAUCCAACAAUAACAUAUUCAAUUCAUGAUCAAUUAUCUGAUGGACGUAUUCGUUUAAAUGAUCUUGUUGAAUAUUAUACUCGACGACCAUUUGUUGGUUUUGUACCAACAAAUGUUCAAGGUAUUGAUACACAAUCAAAAUAUAAAUCAAGUCGUUUUCAAUGGCGUGGAAAUGGUUUAUUAAAAUUAUUUACAAGUGAAUUUGGUAUUAUUUUUGUUGAUAAUGAAACACCUAUUGAUCAACCUUAUCAAUGGAUAGCAACAAUGUUUAGUUCUACAUUAUUUACAGAUGCUGGAGUUGAUUUAAUGACACAAUAUUUAACACGAAAACAAGAAUUUCGUGAUGAACAAAUUCGUAUUGCAACAGAAAAUGGUACAUUACAAACAUGUGAUUGUUGUUGUGAUGAUCAAUUACUUGAUGAUGAUAUGAUUAGUUGUGAUAAUAAUCAUCGAUUUUGUCAAUCAUGUAUACGAAAUUAUAUUGAAAAUGGUUUUAUAUCAAAUGGUGAAUGUUUUUUUACAUGUUUAAAUCCAACAUGUAAAUAUGAAUAUUCAACAUCAUUAAUGAGUCAAUUACUUGCACCAACACUUUUUUCUCGAUUAAUUAUUAAAAUUCAACAAGAAGAAUUACGUUUAGCAAAUAUUCCUAAUUUUGAACAAUGCAAAUAUUGUACAUUUGGAACAAUUAUCGAAGAUCCUGAUGAACGUGUAUUUCGAUGUUUAAAUCAAGAAUGUUUAAAAGAAACAUGUCGUGCUUGUGGUGAACCAAAUCAUAUUCCAUUACGAUGUGAUGAAGUUGAAAAAAAAGAUGAAUUAGAUAUGAGAACAUUUAUUGAAAAUCGUGUUUCAGAAGCUAUGAUUCGAGUUUGUUAUAAAUGUAAACAACGAUUUUAUAAACUUGAAGGUUGUAAUAAAAUGACAUGUGCUUGUGGUGCAUCAAUGUGUUAUGUUUGUCGUGAACCUAUUCACGGUUAUGAUCAUUUUAAUAAUAAUACAAAAUGUGGAGCUAAUAUGGAUGUUGUUAAAUUACAUCAAGAAGAAAUGCAUUUAGCUUAUGAAGAAGCUAAAAAAUUUUAUAUCGAACGACAUCCUGAAGCAAAAGAUUUAGUACUUAAAUAUGAUCCACAACAACAUCUUGAUGGUUCUAAACCAAAGAAUAGACUAAAAGCAAAACGUGAAAUGCCUAGUAAAGAAUUAACAGCAUGGCUUGAUGAAUAUGCUUUAUCUCAUCAACAUCCAAUUAAUAUUCUCAUACAUAAAAUAUGUGUACCAACAAUAACAGUAACUGUUAUUGCUAUGCUUUGGUGUUUGCCAAUAAUACCAAAAAAUAUUCGUAAUACAAUAUCAAUUAGUCAAAUUGGUUUAUUGAAUCCUACACUUAUAGUUAUACCUAUACUUGCUUUCUAUUGGAAUCUUUCAUCUUCGAUGGCUAUAGUAAUGACAAUUUUAUUUUUUAUGAUAAUAAUAUUAUUAAUAUUAUUAGAGAAGAAUAAUGUACGAAUAUUUCGUAUAGCAUUAAUUAUAUUUAUAUUAGCUUGGAUUGGACAAUUUAUUGGACAUGAAAUUGAAGGAAAAAAACCAGCAUUUUUUAAAGAUCUACAAUUUCUUUUAAUUGGUCCUCUUUGGACAUUAACUCAUGCUUUACAAUUCAUGGGUAUUGAAUAUUAA